AGGGUGUCCGAAUAGUUAGGUGCCUGCCACGCCAUAGGGCUCAUGAUCCUAUCUCGGCCGGCCACAAAGUGAUGGGGAUGCGAUAGGCACCGAUACGAACAAGCGAAACAAUAAACCCUCUGAUACAAACAUCAUUCCUUGAACAUAUCUUGAACACCCUCUCAACCGACACCAUGUCUCUCCAAAUCCUCGGCGCCUGCUUCGCCAACCUCAACGUGACGGUGCAGAUCGCCAACCUGGUGGACACGAGCGCGAACACGCUCACGCUGAACAUGCGCAAUGUCUACGAGAGCCUCCCCCAGACCUACCGGGGCGACAUGAAGACGCUAACCAUCCUGUUCCGCUACAGCGACUGGGACAAGAGCGUGUUCCUGUUCGCCCAGAACGAGAACACGGGCAAGUUCAAGAUCUACAACGCGGGCAAAGGCAAGAAGCUCGACUUUGUCGUGGAUAUCAGCUUGCUCCCAGCCAUCCGCGGGCGCACCAACCAGAUCUACGCCGCGUGCUAUGCUAGCCGCGCCAUCGCCGACCCGGCCGUGCUGGGCAAGCUCACGCACGCCAUGAACGAGAAGACGGCGUACCCGGUGGGCAACAGUUCGCUGGGCGGCGACCCCUGGAAGGGAAUCGACAAGUUCUUGAACGUGUACUACGGACCCAUCGUCAUGCCGGGGGAGAAGCUGGAUGCCAAUAAGCUUAUGCUGGUUGCGGCGAGGGAGUACCAGGAUUUGCAAUGGUCGUGAUGAAGGGCAGACUCUUUCUUUUGGGUUGGUGGGGUGGUUACGAGACGUGCCUAAUUUUCGCGGCUUUCUAGCCGAGGUUUCCCGCGGGAACUGGGCGAGGACC